CCAAAUGAAUGUGAAGAUGGAAAAACAAUGAAUCGAGAAAAUGUUGAUGGAUAUUGAAAUUUUAUGUUGAAUGAUGAAUACAUCGAGUUGUCUGGCAAGUCACAUGGAAAUUUGUCCAAAGAAAGUAGUGACAUGCAACAUUGUUGGAUGCAAUUUCAAAAUAAUAUUCAACACACAAUAUUUUAAUAUCCGUUAUUUUGUACUGACGUGCCUGGCCUAUAAUUUAGGGACAACAACAUGAGCUGGAUGCACAUGCUGAAGCUUCACUGCCACUUCAUUUGGCUUGCCUUGGUGAUUGCAUCAAACAACUGCAACUUGAAGUGAAAGAUUUCGACUGCAAAACAGACGACAAGAUCAAAGACCAAAUUCAGAGUCUCGAGAAGCCUGCAGUACAUGACUCAAUGAGCAGCGACAGUGAGCAGAAACUGUUGGCACUAGAAGAUCAGUUGAGAGAGUUGGAGUCUCGUCAAACUUUUAUGCAGCAGAAGACAAUUGCAGCGUGUUACGAGUCAGUCGAUAACAUUCAGAAACAGUUCAAGACGAAAGUUGAUUUAUUGGAUCAACACAUGAGACUGAUGACAGAGAAAUGCAUUAAAUUUGAAGAAACCAUUUCUAUGCAGGAUGCCAGGAUGAAGCAACUGGAAAGCGAAUUAUCUCAAUACAGACUCAACGGUGGAACGAAUGUGGGUCUGCAUCAGCAGUUUACGGCUCAAGAUCGAGUGCUGGCGAGUCAUGAUAUGAAACUAGCAGAACACGGUCUGAGGCUUGACAUGAUUGAUUGUAAGAACACGAACGGUGUGCUGCUGUGGAAGAUUACUGACAUCAGACAACGAAGACGAGAUGCUGUGAGUGGCAAGACACCAUCCAUCUACUCACAACCAUUCUACACGUCACCCAAUGGACACAAGAUGUGUGCUUGUCUCUAUCUAAAUGGAGACGGGAUGGGACGUGGUACUCAUUUGUCUCUUUUCUUUGUGAUUAUGAGAGGAGAAUACGAUUCUCUUCUUCGUUGGCCGUUUAGACAGAAAGUCACUCUCAUACUCAUCGAUCAACAAGGUGGCAAUCACGUGUCUGACACGUUCAGACCUGAUCCCACGUCGUCGUCAUUUCAAAGACCAAGAAAUGAGAUGAAUGUUGCAUCUGGAUGUCCACUAUUUGUACCUCUGGCUAUCUUAGACAGCAAUGGAUAUGUUAAUUUAUAGAUUACCUUUUCUCAAUGGAAAUGCUAGCAACACGUCAAUGCUUACCACAGCACAUCUUAGCCAAGCGAGACAUCCCGUAAACAACC